AGCAGGACCACGCCAUAAUAAACGUUCGUAUAAAAGGCUUGUGUUGCACAUCUUCACGAUCCUACAGCUGUUGCGAAACAGCGCAAAAUCAGGACACGGCCUUUGCUUCUCAACUGUCAGUCGGUACUGCGUCUUGCAUAGAUCAACAGGCUCAACACACCAAUUAUUUAUAGAAUAUCCGAUCACGUCUUGUAGAAUUACGGUGCUGAAGAAUGCGUGCUUUACAGACUCGAGGGCCACAAACGUUGCACACACGUCGCUAUGAGGCAACGCAACGGCAGGCUAGCAAAGUGAAGCCAACAUGGUCGCGUCUGGAGACGGUCGCCGUGAAAGCUGCCAGUAUAUCAGUACCUGUUGCGAUAUCAGUAAAAUACAAGGUGGAAUUUGGGGAGUCCUUGCGCCUGGUUGGCAAUCAGUCGUUCCUCGGCAACUGGGAUCCGCGGAAGGGUGCGGACAUGUCAUGGACAGAGGGCAACAUCUGGAAGGCCGACGCACGUGUCCCAGUCGGGACAGAGGUGAAUUUCAAGGUGGUGCGGGUCAAGCCGGACGGUGGCGAGGCGGUUUGGGAGGAUGGCGACAAUCGUUCCUUUAAGAUCCUGGGUCCCGACUACGGACUCAACAUCACGUGCCAUUGGUCUCGGGGCGGCGACAUGAAGGUCGAUGCCUACCGCCUGGGAGCCGCAGCGGAGGGGGCGGCGGGGAAAGGCGGGCAGCAUCAGCAGCUGACAGCAGGGGUGGCGGGGGCUGCUAAUGGCAGGGGCAACGGAGUGUCGUCAGCAGCAGCAGCUGCUGCUGUGCCGGCGCUGGCCACCUCCCUCGCCUCUGCUGACGGCGACGGUAAUGGCAGGUCCCCCUCCUCCUCCUUCUCCUUCUCCCCCUCCUCCCCCUCCCUGGACGACGCCUCCCUCCCCAACCGCCCCGCCUGGGUGGGCCCCGACCCCGAGUUCCUGCGCUCCCGCCGGCCGGCCGAGGCAGAGCGGGGCCGGGGUGCUGGGGCGGUGUGGCGCACGGAGGGGCUGAGUGGGGUGGAGCUGGAGCUGGUGCGGGGGGACGCGGAGGCGCCCAGCUGGCUCAAGAAGCUGUCCCUGCAGAAGCGCCUGCUGGUGGACGCCCCGCCCGCCUGCCGCCCCCGCCUGCCCGAGCUGGCGGCGGUGUACGUGUACGCCACCUGGGUGGGCAACGGCGCGCUGCCGUGCGCGGAGGCGGGCAGCCACUACCGACCCAACCACCAUGCAAACCUGGCGCUGCAGAUGUUCAGGUCCCUGGAGUGGGUGAUCGGCGACGCCGCCUCCGCCGCCUCCUCCUCCCGCCGCAACCCCGCCGCCGAGGCGCUGCUGCUGGCGGCGCGGCGGCUUCACGCGCGGCUGCCCUCCUUCAGCGGCCAGUUCCGGCAGUCGGUGCCGCUGACGCGCAUUCGGGACAUUGCGCACCGCAACGAUAUCCCGCAUGAUCUGAAGCAGGAGAUAAAGCACACGCUGCAGAACAAGCUGCACCGGAGCGCGGGUCCCGAGGACCUGGUAGCCACGGAGGCCAUGCUGGCCCGCCUCACCUCCGCCCCCCCGGGCACAUACCCGCCUGCAUUCAUUGCCGAGUUCGAGACCUUCACGCGCGAGCUAAGGGAGUUCUUCAACGCAGAGGGCCUGGUAGACCUCCUGACCGCCACCCUGGAGUCGGGUUCGCUGGACGAGCAGCACGCGGGGGCGGUACGGCAGCUGCUGGGCGCCAAGCAGCGAGUGGACGGCGGGGGGGCGGGGGGGAAGGGGGCGGGGCUGGACGACCUCAUGAACCUCAUGACGGCAGUCACGCAGGCUCGCUCCUACUUCGCGGCGGGUCUGGUGGCGGGUCUGCGCAACGACGUGACGGAGGAGGUGCUGGCGCUGCGGCAGCGCUGGCGGCUGGCUGACAUCCGACUAGAGGAGUUCGCGUUCGUGGUGCUCAGCCGCAUUGCGGGGCUGCUGGAGGAGCAGGGCGCCGCCUCCAAGCUGCCCCGCGCCCCCAACCACCAGUGGUCGGCCCCCCUGGCCGCCCUCACCUGCGGACUGCGGCACAUGGGGCUGUCGCUGUACGACACACGGGAGCUGAUGUGUUUGGAGAACGAACUGCAGCGCUGGCACGGACUGUGCCCGCUGGUUGAGACCCGCGAUGCCGCCCUGCGCGCCCGCGCCACCCUGGACCGGGUGCUGCGGGUGGCGGGGCAGUACGGCGAUGCGGUGGCGGGGGUGUACGGCAGCCCGGCUCGGCAGCUGGGGGCGGCACUGGGGCUGCCGGAGCACAUGGGGGCGGUGUUUGCAGAGUCGGAGGUCCGCUCCUCCGUUGCCUUCCAGGUGUCCCGGUUGGCGGCUCUGCUGGUGCGGGCGCUGAGGGCCGCGGCGGGGCAGGAGGCGUGGGACGUGCUGGUGCCAGGUGACAUGACGGGCACACUGCAGGAGGUUCCGCAACUCGAUGCAGCGGCGCUAGCUGGCGGAGGAGGAGCUCCCAGCAGCAAUGGCAGCAGCAACGGCAGCAGCACCUCCCAGCAGGAUGAAGAGGGGGAGGGUGUGGUGCUGGUUGUACGGCGGGCGGAGGGCGAUGAGGAGUUGGGACCGUUGGGUCGGCGGUUGCGGGGUGUCGUACUGUUGCAGGAGCUGCCGCACCUGAGCCAUCUGGGGGUGCGGGCGCGGCAGGAGGGGGUGCCGUUCGUCACAUGCGAUGACGAGGAGACGGCGAGCCGGGUGCUGAGGCCGCUGCUGGGACGCAGCGUUACGGUGUCUGCGGGUGCGGAUGGAUCCGUCAGUGUACGGCAGGCGGCGGCGGUAGGGAAGGACGGUACGACAGGCGGAAGGGCAGCGGCGGCGAAGCCGCCGCUGCAGCCGCCGCCUUCGGCGGCGGCGGCCGCCGAAGGCGGCCGCGGUGACGGCGGUGACGAAGCCUCCGUCACCGCCGUCUCUGCUUCCUUCCUGGGCGGGCGGUGGGGUGAGGUUGUUGUUCCGCUGGAUGUCGCGGCGGAGGCGGCGGGCCGCUGCGGCGCCAAGGCCGCCAAGUGCGGGUCGCUGGCGGCGCUGGCGGGGCAGUCCGGGGGGCUGUUUGCGGCGCCGGCGGGGGCGGUGCUGCCGUACGGGGCGAUGGAGGCGGCGGUGGCCGCGGCAGGGCGGCAGCGGGAGUACGAGGAGCUGCUGGGGCGGUUGGAGGAGGGCGGGGUGGUGGGGGCGGAGCUGGAGGCGGCAUGCGGGGAGAUGCGCGCACUGAUCGGGGGGUUGGAGGUACCUGCCGGGUUGGUCCGGGAGGCGCUGAGCACGCUGAAGCGACUGGCAUCCUCCUCCUCCUCCUCUUCCUCCUCAUCAACCCCAGCAGCAGCAGCGGCCUCCUCCCCACAGGCCCCCCUGCAGCAGCAGCAGCAGCCUCCGCUGCUGCUGGCAGUCCGCUCCAGUGCCAAUGUGGAGGACCUGGCGGGAAUGGCGGCGGCGGGUCUGUACGACAGCGUGGUGGGGGUGCCGGCGGAGGAUGAGGCGGGGGUGGCGGCGGCGGUGGCGGAGGUGUGGGCGUCGUUGUACACACGGCGGGCGGUGCUCAGCAGGAGGUCCGCGGGUGUACGGCAGUCCUCCGCCCGCAUGGCCGUACUGUUGCAGCAGCUGGUGGCGCCCGACCUGAGCUUCGUGCUGCACACCGCUCGGCCGCGGGACGGUAGCGCCGAGGUGCUUCUGGCGGAGGUGGCGGCGGGGCAGGGGGAGACGCUGGCGGCGGGUACCCGCGGCAGUCCCUGGCGCUUCGAGGUGGUCAAGUCCAGCGGCCAGGUCACCACCCUCGCCUUCGCCAACUUCUCAACCGCUCUGGUACUGCCGGGGAAGGGCAAAUCCUCCGCGCUCUUCGCAGCCUACGCCAGCGGCGCAUCCACAGCCUCCGCCUCCGCCUCAACAGCCUCCAUGGAUGGCAACAACGGCCCCGGAACCACUAACGGUCAACGGAAACCGUUGGGCGCGCUCGUGGAGCGUGACGUGGACUACAGCACCCAGCGCAUGAGUGUGGAUAACGACUGGCGGUUGACGGUUGUCCGGCAGAUGGCGGCGGUUGGGUCGUACAUUGAGGGUGCGAUGGGCGGUGUGGCUCAGGACAUUGAGGGGGGUGUGGUGUUGGGGCCUGAUGGGAGUGUCAGCAUGCAUGUGUUCCAGACGAGGCCGCAGUGAGGGUGGGGAAGAGGAAGAGGAGGUGCUGUGUGCCUGGCAUUGCGGGGCAGCAGUGAGAAGGGAAGAGGAAGAGGGAGGGCUGUGCCUGGCAUUGUGGGGCAGCAGUGAGGAGGGAAGG